AUGCAGUCCUCUGCAGCGGGCCCGUCUGCACCCUUGCCUGCAUCCCCCGCCAGGCAAAAUCCGCGCCCACUCCCCCCGCCGGCGCCCGAGGGCGACGACGAGUUCAACCCCUUUGCUGGCCGCACGCUGCGGAGAUCACCACGGACGGGCGUCAACAUCCCCCUUCCGCCGGAGCCGGAACUGCCACCAUCUGCGAACGAUCCCGUCUCGUCUACGCCGCCUCGCGGGAUCCACACUAGCAGCAGUCCCUCGCGGCGGAAAUCGCGAAACAGGCCCGGUACUACAAUGGCUGGAUCGCCGCUUAAGCAACCGCCGUCGUACCCCGGACCUGAUCCGGAACCCACCGAGGAGACCAACGCCACGCCGCGGAAACUGUUUGGGGGCGCGGCACCAUCCAAGGCACAGCCGCCCCCCAGUCGGCUGAGCGGUGCGAUCCUGGCCGAGACGACGGAUAACGUGCGUCGCCUGCCAGCCCGCAGCACCGACACGGUCAGAAUGAGGGAGAGAGACGCGCUGCGCCAAGAGCUGGCCCAGCUGCGGAGGGACCUCGACGUGACAACGCGGCAGAACGAGCGUAUACGUGCCAUUCAGACGUCUGGGCGGCGGGUGGGCCUCACGGACGAAGACGAGGUCGCCGACAUUAUCAGGCGACAUCUGUCGACGGACGGAGAUGACGCCUCUCAACCGACGCAGCAGUCCUCCCGUCUGCUUGCCAAGGCUGCGCUAGAUCCCAUGGCCAUUGUGGGAUUCGGAAAGGCGACAGCGACGUCGGCCGUGCCCACCGAUACAGACGGCAUCGACAUAUCGGAUAUCAAGUCGCACCAUCCCGUCAUCAUGACAGCCGAAGAGGAGCUCCCCUUCCUGCAGCUCUUCACCCCCUUCGACAUAACGCCCUCUCUCACCACUCUCCCCCGCGCACGUGACCAGCCCCUCCGGCAGCUCUUCUCCAUCCAGCUCCGCUCGCGCCACUGUCCCGGUCUGUUCAGCGCGCGUGUAGACGUGGUGGUCGACGCCAUCAAGAUGAGCAUCCAGAAACUCGACGUGGCGGCCCUCGAGCCCGCCGCGCGACCGGAACUAGCCGCGUUCCUCGACAGGAUCUGCAACGGCACCGACUGCAACCGCAGCAUGCAGCGCAACGUAGGCAUUGUGGCCUGGGCCAUGGCCGAGUGGCUGCGUGUCGCGGAACGGCGUGCCCGCUUCUGGGCGCAGCUGCGCCAAGACACGCGCUCCACUAAGCGCCUCCUCGAUUUGGGGCGUACGGUGCGUGCUAGACGGCCGGCGAAGCGUACUAGGGACGGUGACAGCGUUGACAGAGAAGGGAGCAACGCAGCUGAGUCGUCAUCGACAGGACCCGUCAGCAGACAGGAUCUGCUGCACUUCAUGGACCAUCAGUCGUUUGAUCUGGAGAUUCCCGCUGCCCAUGGACAGGCCGACCCGUCCUCCCUACGUCUGACGUGGACCAUCACGUUUGACUGGACGGGCGAAGCGCAGAGUAAGGUGGCUGUUAUGGUAGGGGUACCGGGAAAAUGGCAUCGAGCCGACACCAGGGGAGCAUUCGGACGACUGCCGUCACUGUUUGAGAAUCUAGUGGAAGGGGGAGAGGAGCCCAGCGUAGCUGUUCGCAAGGUGAUUGCGCUUCUGGUCGGCGAGUGA